AUGACGCCAGUGAAUAGCUUUUUGUGUCUUGAUAACACAGAGCAUGACUCUAAUAAGUUUGUUGUCUCUUUCAGACAAGGAGUCUACGCCUUUUUGCUUGUGCCCACGAUUUAUUUUUUGUUAGUCAGACAGAACCCCAUUAAGAUCUACARGAAGGUCUCCAAGGCUUUGAUAACUGCAUUUAUCAUCUCAUCCAGCACCGCCACUCUACCUGUUGCCCUUCAAUGCCUCGAAGAGAACGUGAAGGUCAAUAAGCAACUCCUCCGCYUCAUGUUGCCCAUURCCGUCGGCAUCAAUAUGAACGGGACAACAAUUUAUGAAGUGAUCGCUUCCAUCUUUACUACUCAGCUAAAURGCAUCACUCUGGAAGUCGGUCAGAUAAUUGCCAUUUGCUUGUCUAGUGCCAUUGUCACCUUUGGAACUKCAGGGGUCCCAGCCAAAGGAGCUGUGACCACUAUCAUGGUUCUGACAUCUGUGGGACUGCCUGCACAUGAUGCUGUCCAUCUGGUGGUGUUUGAAUGGCUUCUGUAAGUUCAACUUGAUGCU